AUAGGAGCAAAUCCCAGAAAUUUCCUGGAUAAUGUCAUUACAAUUUGAGUGAGCAAAACAAAUAUAUACAGUAAACCAUGUACCUUUCAGAAUGAGCAGAAUCCUAGAUUAGUCUGUUUUAUGUGAUGGGAUCCACCAGGACAGGGAAAAGCAGACAAAAAAACCAUCCCUGUCAGCUACCACUCAAUAUCAAGAUUUCUCCAAUGUCCACAUACAAAAAGUUUGGUAACUUCUCAAAGAAGGGAAGACUUUCUAUAAAGACCCUCCCAAAUGGUAGUGUGUUGAUGCUCACUUCAUCUGCUUCCACAAUCUGAAGUGAGCUCAUUAGUUUUGCUUGUGUGUUGGGUGAAGAACAGAACGGGGAAGGAGAUGGGAGCUGUGGUCAUCCCGAGCAAUUUGCCGGUCGGAUACAGAUUCCAUCCGACUGACGAGGAAUUCGUUGGUCAUUACUUGAAGAACCGAGUCCGAGGAUUCGUCGACUGUCCCUGCAUAAUUCCCGAUGUCGACAUCUGCAGGUGGGAUCCUUGGCAAUUACCACAGAAGUUUCAUGGUGAAUCAGUCAUUUUCCCAUAUGACAAAGUUCGAGAGUGGUGGUUCUUCUGUCCGCAAACAACCGAACAGGUUAAAAGAUCAACUCCCUCCGGCUAUUGGAAGAAGACUGGUACUGACCGGAAUGUCAAGGCCAGGUAUACCAACAGAGUAAUCGGAACCAAGAAAACAUUAGUCUUCCACGAAGGUCGGGGCAAAAAGGGCGUCAAGUCCAACUGGGUCAUACACGAAUAUCAUUUACCUGACGACGAUGACAAAGGAGAUGAGAAGGCUGAUGAUUUGACCAUAGAAUUAGAGCCUGGAGCCAUGCUGGAGGAUUUGGUUUCAGCUCUUCGUCAACCUGAUAAUGAGGACUCAUUUCCUGAGUCUUUGAUCCAAGCAAUGAUGACGUCACUGAUGGACCCCUCAUUUCAAGCUAUUUCGCGUGACCUCCUGCAGCUGCUUCAGCCUGCGCUGCAAUCACAUCCGUUUAUGGAUAUCAAGAGUCCGCCUUUUAUGGACUCCUCAUUGGGCAGGAGUCUUGCUGAAUGCUAUGAUGAAUUGCAAUGUUCAUUGUGUGCAAUUGAAGAGGGUGAAGAUGUUGAUGCCGGCCCCUCAUCCAUAAGGCAGGGCAGACAGGAAAUUUAG